AUGGAAUUAAAUGACUCUCAACCAGGUACUGAGGACAAUUUUAUCUAUACUGUGAUAAAGUGCAACAGUCGAUUCUAUUGCGUGCAACUGUCUGUUCACAUCGGUGCAAUCGGUGGAAUGCAAACGCCGGUUACACAACAACUUUUAAUAACACCGGGUGGAACAAAACAUUGGAUACCACAAUGUCACGAAUCAAUUAAACCGUAUCAAGGACAAAUAUUCCGGGAAUUACAUGAAGCGGUGAACUUCUACAAGACUUAUGCUCUUACCGUUGGAUUUGACGUGAGGCAUAGCACGUUGGCGAAAGCACGUGACAAGACGGUUAUUUGGAAAUACAUCGUGUGCUCACGAGAGGGUUACAAGCAACGUGCAGUCAUCAGUCCUACGACACAUGCUAAAGGACACGUGACAAGACGUAGAGUGUCCAGCCGGGUAGGUUGUACUGCCAAGAUUGGAGUGCGAUAUGAUGGAUUGAACGGAUACAUCGUUAAAAUCUUUGAGGAAAAACAUAGCCACUCAAUGAUAUCUGAUGCUUGCAAGUCACAAAUGAAGAUCAGUAGGUCGAUGAAUGCAGGACAUCGGUCGUUCAGCACCAGCAAGCAGAAGAAACCAAAAUUCAACAAUGUGAAAUUUAGGCUUUGA